AUGGCCGGUCCCGUAGAGAGGUGCCAGGUACCUCCGAAACCAGGUUGCAUCAGCUGUGAAGAUAUCGUUAGAAAGUGGUACAGUGAGAAAAAAAACUACGAUUUCCAAAAAGGUGCUCCAAUCUCUGUUGGACAAUCAACCAGUCACUUUAAUCAGGUGAUCCUUUUUUUGAUGAUAAUCAGUCUAAUCAAUACAUACAGUUGUACUUACAUUUUCUUCUUUCCCGAAACUUCAAUGUGCAUGGCAGCUAAAAAAAGAAAAGCGUAUCUUCGAUCAGCAGCAGAUUUUUUGGGACUUUAGUUCAACAGGUAUAUUUUUCGGAACCAUGACAACCCCUCCACCUCCCCCGGAUCAAUAUUGCCUUGUUGUUGUUGUUUUUUUUUUUGGCCACAGAUCGCUCCAUUUGAGGUAAAAUAUUUUUAUUUUAUUGCAAAUGAAUUACAUUUUUUUCGCUUAAUCCACAGCGAUAUAUCUCUAAAUAUGGAUCAAUGUUACAUAAGCGUUUUAUUACCUUACCUGUGGUAUAUUGUGGUAUAAUGUAUUUUGCGUUCACCGCAAACGGUAAAUCCAAUGCAUGUACUAUAAAAUAGCAAUCGGUUACACAAACAGAUUAUGUGGUUGCCCUGUGGUGAUUGAACUAAUUUUGUCGCCGAUUGUGUGCAUUUCUAUAAACAAAAAAGGUUGUCUGGAAGUCCACAAAGGAACUUGGAGUGGGUAGUGCACGCAGCGAGAAACAUGGGCUAAUUGUUGUGGCAAGAUACAGUCCAAUGGGUAGUACUGGAGGACCUGCAUCUUUCAUGGAUAACGUCCCUCCUAGUAAGUUAUACAGCAAGAUGUUUUCAAUAAACUGUUGAGAAAAUAAAUGGGAAGAAACGAAUACAGGAAGACAUAUGGUUCUCUUAACUUCCAUUAGUGUAAACAUGCACUUUCUGAUCUGUUGCAGUUUGUUGAAGUAAUAAGUUGACAAGGACUUGUUCACCCCGCAAUUAAACAAUAUUGAUACAACUAUAACUCAGUUAUAGCUAUCCCAGUAGUUUUAUUGCUCUCCUUCCCCCCACCCCCAAAUAAGGAUAGAAACAAAUAUUUGAAAAUAUACAUAAAAAGGUCCCAACUAGCUGAGAAAAACCAGUUGGCCAUUUACAAUCGUGACCAGGAAGCUGAAUUAGGGACUAUUAAGAGCAAAUUAAGCUAGCAGUUGGGGCGAGGAUUGAAAUCGGGACCUCCGGAUUACAAUUCCAGCUCCGUAACCGCUCUGCCCCCCUGAAAUAAGACAGCCUUCCACCAGGGAAAUCCGUUCUGAGCAAGACAUAUGGGCGUAAAGUGCAGAUUUUGAACACACUUGAGGUUCAGGACGGUAAAGCCAAUAUUUUUACUCUUAUUAUUUUUUUUUUACUCAUACCGGCAUCGCUUAGAGCAAUUAUCAAUAAAAAGAUAAUUAAAGGGUUGUCGCAUCUUGUUGACAACAGCGAUUGAUGUCAACUUCUUUAACACAAUGAAAAUCAAUGUAGCUCUUACUUGAUUGUCGGAUCGGUGAGAUUAUGGAAGCAGAGCCACACUCAGAUUGGUCUCCUAGCUUAUUAAGGAGUUUAUUUCUAGUAUUCCGAAGAGCACCCCUGUUGCAUUCAUUAUGGGAGUUACCCCGUGGAACGUCCACUUUUCAGUGUGGCCAGGUACAAAGACGGUGGCUUUUCACAAACUUACAUAACAACAACACACUUUAUUAAGAAACAGAUAUUUACAAUUUGAUUAGUACCUACCCACAAAAAGUUAAAACUAGUCGAGGCGGGUAGGUAUGAUCAAGUUCGGCUUAUUACAACUAGGGUUUUAGCGCUAUACAUAUUUACUUACAAGGAUUUCAAAUUAGCAGCAGUUAAGGUUACAAUAAGUAGUAAAUUAAAAUAAAGCUAGCAGCUAUGAAAAAAAAAUGCAAAUAAUAAUAGCAAAACAAAAUCACAACACAGAGAAAAGAGAGAAAGAAAGAGAUUUCACCAUACUGGUCGUAGGUACAGGAUUGCUACAGUUUUACAAGUUUUUAAUUAUUUCAAGAAUUGAAGAUGAUGUAAGGUACAAAUUCUCUUGUUCAAGACGAGAAGACAUGACAUAAAAUGUUACAUGUUAAUCCAUAUCAAAGUUCGAUGAGAAAGCAACAUUGUUUCUCAAUUUCUUCCUUUUAAUGAAACUGUAAGGGAUAAAGGACACUUAAGCAGUAAAGUGUUGUUGUUUUCAUGAAAGAUGACUUCGUAGUACUUGGCAAUUAACUAUGCUUAUAUUUUAACGUAUUUUUAGGUGGAAAAGCCACACUACAUUUGGCAUGUAUAAUCCCUAAAUUGCUUUAAAGAGAAUGGUUCCCUGUCGAAAACUUUGUUACGGGUAUAUAUGCGAUGUCAAAAUAGUGCUGCGAUCUUGUGAUGGAAACAAGAAAACAUUUUAUUGAUACAAAACGAUAGCUGGUUACUUGACCGAUACCCUAUUGAAGGUUCACUUUAUUUUAUUCAAGUUGCUUGCUUAAUCUAAUUAAAAGAAUGCAUCAUUUUUAUUGACAGCUGGAAACCAAUCGGAAACAACGGUAAUAAAGAUUACCAAAGUUGUGCAGAGUAAGUAUGUUUUUAGUUAUAGAGUGAAUAAAAUGAAUAAGAAGGAUGGCAUUCAGCUAUCAAAUAAAAGUUAUAUCCACUUAAAAAACGACUUUAUCCAGCGGUUCGCAUAAAUUUAACGCGCGUAAAUUUCGUUCCUCUGCAAAGACCUUCUGCAACUGUACACGUAACAUUCAUCGGUGGUCGUCAGGGUGGUGACAACAAAUUAUUAAACACUCGAUCUUGUAGAGUUGAGAUUUUACAAGCACAAAAACGCAACUGCAAAUUUUUGACAUCUUAAAGCUUUUUACAAGAAAGGUUUAACGUUUUAUUACAUUUGAGAGAAAAAGUCAGAGGAAAAAUUUAUAAAAUGCACAGACGGGAAUUUCCAAUGCGCAUCAAGAUUUUAUUUUCUACCUUUACAAAAAAAAUCUGUUCCGUAAUUUUUUUUUAGAAAUUAAUGUGCAUUUGCCAUUUUUAAUGCAAAAAGCUAUGGUCCACACACAAAGUGAUAUCACCGGCUCUUUUUAGAUCCAAAUCUCGAGAGACGUUGCCAUGGUAACCACUAAUGAAAAAAUAAUAGUUUCUUGUCGAGCAGUCACUGCUUUAAUCCAGCUUUACAAAAGUACUCCUAUGGCUGUGGUUUGAUUUUCGCUCUGUGCGUUCCAAGUUAAAACCGCCGUCAAAAAAGUUGAAAAUUGGUACGAGCCACCUCAAAUAAAACAAACGUAAUAAGUAUCCGUUGCAGAUUUCAAGGGUUUUUCAAAAGCUGGUUAUAGGAAAAUCUAUCUUUUUCUUUUUCCAACUAACCAAAACAUGAUUUUCCUCUUAUUCCACAGAAUUCCCCGCAGGUGCUCAACCGCCUGAAGGUCCGUUUGUGUAAUUCACGUUAUGAUUGUCUUAUUAGGGACAACAACUGAAGUAACGCAACAUAACAUAACAUAGCCUUUUUUAAAGUGUCUAAGCGUUCUAGCGCCUCUUGGCACUAAAUAAAUUGUGGACACAUUUAAAACUAAUUAAGCUUAACUAUUAUAAACAUAUAUAAAAGAAGGAAAUCUAUGUCCGGAAAGGGGCAGAUCAAAUACCUUGAUAAAACACAAGCAUAUAUUGGCAAAAACCCAAAGUUUCUAUACUUGCCGUAUCUGUGCUGAUAGAUCGCAAAUGCGUCAGCAACACAAGAUGACCGUUUUGCAAUCGAAUACUUGAAGAGUUUUUUAUUUCCUUCAGGUCCAACACCUGUUCCUCCUACGCCCGCUCCUUCUCCCCCUGCUACUACCAAACCAUCUCGUGGGGCACAGGAGACGACAAUGACUUGUGGCAUCAGAAAACCAAGCCGCAUUGUUGGAGGUGAGGUCGCAUGGCCUGGUGCCUGGCCUUGGCAGGCCGGUUUCAAACGCAACGCCGAGGACAUUAUUUUCUGCGGGGGAUCCCUGAUAAACAAGGAAUGGGUUGUUACUGCAUCUCACUGUGUUUAUGACAUGCUGAAGUACAACAAAAACACAGUGCUGGUGGUUGCAUUAGGCGAAUUUGAUAAAGCCAACAAAGAAGAACAAGAAAUAUCAGUUAAGACAGAGAAAAUCAUCAUGCAUCCAAAUUAUAAUCCAACUACUUUUGAUUAUGAUAUCGCAAUGGUAAAACUGGAGGCGCCACUGGAAGAGUUUAGCGUGUAUAUUCGUCCCGUAUGCAUGCCUACGAACGAACAGAAGUUUGACGAAAAAUCUAAAUGCUACGUCACUGGAUUCGGAAGAACACAGCAGGGUGGAGAGCUUGCAGGAAUGCUGCGAAUGGCGAAAGUACCAUUGGUAAGUCAAGAAACAUGUAAGGAAGCUUAUGAAGAGAAGUUGACAGACCGUAUGAUCUGUGCAGGCUUCCCCAAAGGAGGAAUUGACGCAUGCCAAGGAGACAGUGGUGGACCGCUGAGCUGUUUGUACGAAGGGCGCUGGUACCUGACCGGCGUUGUAAGCUGGGGAGUUGGGUGUGCACAGCCAAAUGCUUACGGGGUGUAUGCCAAAGUGCAGGAGUUAUACAGCUGGGUAGACAGCACUAUGAAGGAAAAUCAAUAGAUUGAGAUGAGACGGUCUUCUUUAGAGUCAGUUAAAUUGUUUAAGAUGAUUAGGGUAGGCAUAAUCGCAAGAGCAGUAGUUAACGAUUAGAAAAGAUGGUGAGAGUG